AUGAUUUCAGAGAUUGUAGUUGAAAUGGUUUUCAAGGAAAUUAAAGUGUCGGAUGCUCAGUCCACAGACGAUGCGAGUUGGGGCGGCUGCAGAGGAAACAGCCGCGGCGGCAUAGGAAACAACCGCGGCGGCAUAGGAAACAACCGCGGCGGCGUAGAAAACAACCGCGGCGGCGUAGAAAACAACCGCGGCGGCGUAGAAAACAACCGCGGCGGCGUAGAAAACAACCGCUGCGGUAGAGGAAACAACGGCGGCGGUAGAGGAAACACUCGUGGCGGUAGAGGACACAACGGCGGCGGUAGAGGAAACGACGGCGGCGGUAGAGGAAACAACGGCGGCGGUAGAGGAAACAACAGCGGCGGUCGCGUAAACAGACGCGGUGGCCACGGAAAUUACCGCGGAGACAAACGCGGCGGCCGCGGAAGCAACCACGGUGGGCAAAGAAACCAUCGCGGCGGCCAGGAUAGGAACUCCAAUUCCAAUGGUAAAUAA